UAUGGAUUUGAGAAAGUUAUCUUAGUAUUUCAAAAAUGAAAAAUCUAUCGUGGAAUAUUUCAAUGAUAAUUCUAUUGAGAUCAAAGAAGCUUCCUAGUUUAAUUUUGGAUAAAGUAAUCCUACUUAUUAACUCUCUUUUAAGUAUUUAUGAUCUAAUAUAAAAUCAAGAAACUCAGACAAAAAGUUAGUUCUAAGAAAGAAACCUGAUGGAUAGUUACUUCCUGGAGUAAAAUAUUUAUUAAUUGCUUAGGCUCACCAAAUAGAAAGAGAAUUUGAAAUCACUCUAAAGUUAUCUUAAGUAUCAUUUCCUGUUGCCAAACCACUUGUACUUUGCAAUGAUUCAAGUAUAAUUGGAACUCCAUUCUAUGUUAUGGAAUUUGUAGAAGGCAGAAUAUUCAAGGAUAUCAAAUUAUCAGAAUUAAGUAAUCAAGAAAAAUAAGAAAUCCUAAAUGAAUAGGCUAGAGUCUUGGCUUAAUUACACUCCAUAGAUAUACAUAAAUUAAAACUAAAUCAUCUAGGAAAGUCUGAGAAUUACUACUAACGUUAGAUAGCUACAUGGAGUAGACAAUAUAAAUUGGCAGAAACCCAGAAUAUUCAAAGUAUGGAAAAUCUUUUGUAUUGGCUACCACUGAACAUACCCUAAAAGGAUGAGCAUGAUAUUGUAUGUUUAUGUCAUGGAGAUUAUGCCCUGAAUAAUAUGAUAUUCCAUCCAACUUAACCCAAAAUCUUAGCUGUAAUUGAUUGGGAAUUAGCCACAAUUGGUUAGUCAUAUGCUGAUAUUGCCUACAUGACUCAAUUCUAUUUCACAAGUCAAUUCUAAAGCACAGCUCAUUAAGGAGGAGUCAAAGGAAUCUAUCAAUAUAUCGGAUUACCAGAAUAUUAAGCUUUAAUAAAUGUAUAUUUUAAAUCUAGGAAUAUUAAUAAAUCUAUAGAUCUUAGAUAUCAUACUGCAUUUUCAAUGUUCAGAUUAUCAUCUAUAGCAUAAGGGGUAUACAAAAGAGCCUUGUAAGGAAAUGCUUCUUAAAAGGAAUAAGGAUUAGAACUACUAAAAUUAUGUAAACAAUUGUCUAGUGAUGCUUGGGAAUUGAUAAGUAAAUUGACUGAUAAUGACCCUUUCCGUUUGAAAGAGUUGCUUAAGAAUGAUAUUCCAAGAUGGGGAAGCUGGCCAGUUUCUGAUAGAGCUAAACAUCUCUAUUACAGAGUCCGAGACUUUUUGAAGACAGAAUUCUUUCCUCAUGAAAAAUAAUUGAUUCAUGAGGCAGAAUCUAGGCCACCAGAAACCAGGUGGAAACCGUUAUAAAAACUUCAUGAAAUAAAACUCAAAGCUAGAGAAUAGGGACUUUGGAACUUGUUUUGUACUUACCCAGUGGUAGGAAAAGGAUUAACUAAUUUAGAAUAUAGUUUUAUUUGUGAAUUAAUGGGAACAAGCAUUUUCGCUCCUGAAGUAUUUAAUUGUUCAGCACCAGAUACUGGCAAUAUGGAAUUAUUAAUUCUCUAUGCAAAUAAAGAAUAAAAAAUGAAAUAUUUACUACCAUUAUUGUAAGGGGAAAUUCGAUCAUGUUUUGCUAUGACUGAACCCUAGGUUGCAUCAUCUGAUGCUACUAAUAUACAAACAUCAAUCACAAAAACUGAAAAUGGAUAUAAAAUUAAUGGUAAGAAAUGGUACAUCUCUGGGGCUGGAGAUGAAAGAUGCAAAUUUGCUAUUGUGAUGGGCAAAACAUCACAAGAUACUUCAAAACCCCAUCAAUAAUAAUCAAUGAUAUUAGUAGAUUUACCCAACCCAAAUGUUAAAAUUACAAGACCUAUGCAUGUUUUCUUUUCAGAUGAGGCUCCUCAUGGUCAUAUGGAAAUGGUGUUCGACAAUGUUGAAGUGCCUAAAUCGAAUCUUAUUUGGCAAGAAGGCAAAGGAUUUGAAAUGGCAUAAGGAAGAUUAGGAGGUGGAAGAUUACAUCAUUGUAUGAGAUUAAUAGGAAUUACUGAAAGAGUAUUAGAUCUAAUGAUGCAGAGAGGAGAGAGGAGAAUGAUUUUCAAAUCAAAAAUGAAGGAUAUUGGUUCAUUCUAAUAAAAGUUAGGAGAAUUGGAAACAUAAUUAUCAGCAUGCAGAUUAGUUGUAUUAAAUGCAGCUAUGCAAAUAGAUAUCUUAGGCAACAGAAGUCGAUAUAUCUUUAAAAUUUUAAGUGAAUGCAAAUCUUUCGUUCCUAAAGUCACCUAAAAUAUCAUCGAUGAAGUCAUCUAAAUAUUUGGAGCUGAAGGUGUUAGUCAAGAUCAAGUGUUAUCAAUGGCAUUCAUUCAAGCCAGAACUCUGAGAAUAGCAGAUGGACCUGAUGAAGUUCAUUACAGAUAAGUGGCCAGACUAUCUUAUUCUUUAUAAUCAAAGAACGAGUUAUUGUAGGCUGAUGGAUAUGGAUUACCAACCUUACCUAAAUUAUGA